AUGUCCCGAUUCGCUGGAAAAGUUGCCAUCAUCACUGGUAAGAUUGCCUUCUGAAAAGCCGUUUCCUAUCCGUUUACCCUUCAGGUUCUUCUAAUGGAAUCGGCAGAGCCACCGCUGUGCUCUUCGCCAAAGAAGGAGCCCAAGUGACGAUCACCGGAAGAAACGCGGAGAGAUUGGAAGAAACGAGAGACGAGAUUCUGAAGGCCGGAGUCGCCCCGAACAAUGUGAACGUGGUGGUGGCGGAUAUCACUUUUGAAGCCGGACAGGAUGAAGUCAUCGGAUCGACCGUCUCAAAGUUCGGUAAGAUCAACAUCCUCGUGAACAAUGCCGGAGCCGCCUUUCCCGACAAGAACCAACCGAUGGGAUUCGGGCAGGGAAUCGACAACUUCGACGCGACGCUCGCGGUGAACAUCCGAAGCGUCGUCGAGCUCACGAACAAGAUCGUGCCGUUCCUGGCCAAGACCCAGGGAGAGAUUGUGAACGUUUCGAGCAUCGCUUCCGGACCAAGAGCUGUAUGUAUCACAUAUUUCCCAACUUGCGCCCACCAACUAGGUUUGCAGAGUUCCGACUUGAGUUAUUACUCGGUUUCCAAAGCGGCCUUGGACCAGUACACCCGAAACACUGCGAUCGCCCUGAUUGAGCAAGGAAUCCGUGUCAACUCGGUCAAUCCUGGGUACGUUGUCACUGGAUUCGCCACUGCAUUCGGUUUUCCACAAGAAGCAUCUGACAAGGUAGGCAAUGAAGGAAAACCGAUCUAGUGAAUCUUUUCAGUUGAUGAAUCACAUGGAGUCUCAAAAGAGCUGCAUCCCAACCAGAAAGGCCGGCCGACCGAUUGACAUUGCCGAGGCCAUCGCCUUUCUCGCCGAUCGAAACGCUUCUUCGUACAUCAUCGGACACCAACUCGUGGCGGACGGAGGAAGUUCUCUGGUGAUAGGAAUGCACGCACAGGAUCUCGCUGAGUUGCUUAAGUAAAUUGUACAAUGUCAUACUGUAAAAAUGAAGUGGUUUUCCAACGAGUGGAACACGGAACAACUCCUUUCGAUCGUGCCUAAUAUAAUUAAAGGGAAACGCUUUUGAUGGAAGAGAUUCGGAGAUAUUGGGACAACGAGAACUAGCGAAGACAUGGUCAGAACUUUGGGAAAACUAUUGGCAUUCACAGUUUUCACACCAAAACUUUUUUUCAAAACAACAUUUUCAAAAUGAUUUCCUCUCUAGUUCCCUCACUCCGAAAGGGUAUCGUUUGCUUCCUCAUUCCUGUUUUCCCGUGGAGACUGGUCUGACGUGGCCUCAACGUGCAAUUACUCGUCCAAAAAUCGCGUCUGGGGUGCUCCGAUGGUCAUGCUAGACUCCAAUUACGAGUGACAAAUCUUUCGCCGCAGAAUUUCUCAUUCCGCUUCCUCUACUUGACAUCAUGCUACUCUCGAUGAUUGAACGCGUUUGCGUGCUCGUCGCCCUGUUCAACAACUCGAUUCUGAUCUAUUUUAUUCUGAGAAAGUCGGCGGCAAAGUUGGGAAACUACAAAUAUCUCAUGAUUUACAUUGCCGUCUUCGAAAUGAUUUACGCCCUCAUGGAUGGGCUGACUGCUCCGGUGAGUGCGCGACGAACGGAAUGCUCGAAUGGACAAAGUUACAGGCGGUAUUCAGCAAAGACUGCACAAAUCUGUUGAUAAUGAGAGCCGAUCUGGCCUACAUUCCCAUCGAGUAUCUCCCUCUUGCCAAUGGUUUUCACUGUCACAUCCCCAAUCCAUCCUCUCUCUUUUCCUUUCCAGUCAUCUUCUGCAACAUGUUCGGAAUGUCAAUGGCCCUGCUUGCCAUCCAUUUAUCUACCGCUACCUCGUUGUCAGUCGCAAUCCAAUUCUGCGAAAAUACGAUGGCCACCUCAUCCUCUUCAUUUUCAUCUUCUCAAUUGCUUUCGGAAUUCUGUGGAGUAUUGUUACCUGGCACACUAUGGGCCCUUUUCCCGAAGCAGAUGAAUAUCUAACGUAAGUUGGUUGAGUAGAGCCGAGUAGAGAGAGUGAAGAAUUUCAGAAAAAACAAUAUUCAACUGGAUCAAAUCUCGUAUAUCGGGUUCUUCUACUAUCCAAAAGACGCAAACGGAAUUGAGUACAUCCACUGGAGGUCUGUCAUCGGAAUCAUAAUUCAUAGCAUUUUCAUCGUGAGUCAUAGUCAUCAUCGUCAUCCACCCGCAUCCUUCUCUCAUUUCCAGACCAUCUCCUUCUCCCUCAUCUUCUACUUUGGCUUCAAAUGCUACCAUCAAACCCGUGUCCUCGUGCAGCAGUCGUCGCAGUCCUCCUCGUUCGAGAACCUCCAGUCCCAGCUGUUCUACGCGCUCGUCUUCCAAACGCUCAUUCCGAUUCUGCUCAUGCACCUGCCCGCUUCCGUCGUUUACGCGGGUGCUCUCUUCAACCGAUCCAAUGAAUACUUGGGGAAAGCGAUGUCGGUCUCCAUCUGUUUCUAUCCUGUUCUCGACCCACUUCCCAACUUUUUCAUCAUCAAAAGCUAUCGGAAAGCUUUAUUCAGUAAGUGUCCGUUUACAAUCAAGUAUGGAGAAGAUAGCGCUUUUUUUUAGGCUUCUCGAGUCAAAUUUUCAAAAUUCUAUCGGGUCAAAGGGAGACGGUGUCGCGUCAAAGGGCGGCGGUGGUCACUUCAGUAUCAAUUCGAAAAUGA